AUGGCGGCUCACCAGCAAACCAGGAUCCAAGCCUACCUGGAGAAGAACAAGAUCGGGCCCCUCUUCGAGGAGUUGAUGACCAAGCUGAUAACAGAGACCCCUGACCAGCCAAUCCCAUUUCUAAUUGAUCACCUUCAGUCCAAACAGGGGAACCGUGGGCAGCUCCAGAGGACCCUGUCUGGCUCUGCUGCCCUUUGGGCAGAGACUGAAACCCCAGAAAACAAAGGAACAAGGAGAGAUUUUAGAAGUUAUGAUAAACCUUGGCAGGUAAAUGCAAAGAAGCCUAAGAAGUCCAAGAGUGACCUUGCCGUGUCCAACACUUCUCCGCCGUCACCGGAGUCCAAGUCAUUGCCAAGGUCAAUAGAGCAUCCUAAGUGGGAUUGGAGGACAAAACCGGAGAGCCAGGAUUUUGAUGAACUAAAUCAUAUUCUUCAGGAGAGCAGAAAGCUUGGAAAAGCCCUUGAGAAUCUGUCUCGCAGCAUUGCUAUUUCUGAUGAACUGGAUAAGGACACUGCAGGCUUCAGCACCCCCCUCCUGAGACCUCGAGUGAUUGGGGAAUGGAUUGGGCGUGAGGAGAACGACGCCGACCCGCUGGCUGCAGAGAUGCUGCAGCCACCAACACCCAGGAGCAAGAAUGAGCAGUGGGACAGUGAGGACAGCAGCAGCCCUGGAGGAAGUUUGAAAAUGGAGCCAAAGAGCAAAGGACUGAAGCACCACCAGCAGCAACACAAGAAGCUGCUGGCUGCCAUGCUCUCGCAGGACUCCUUCGACUCUGCCCAGAGCACAGCUCCCUCCGUCACCGAGGAGGACAUCGACAAUGAAGAUGAUGCAAUGGAGCUGCUGGAGGAUCUGGAUGACCUGAGAAUGGAAGGAGUCACAAGUGUGAUGUCUUCUGGGAGCAAAUUCAAUCCAGCUCGGAGCACUCACCCGGCAGAGCCUCAAGCCAAGGUGACGCUGAACAUCUGUGCAAGGUGUGCCAGAUUGCAGGGAGAUAACUUGGCAGAGAGGCCAUAUGAUGUCUCCAUGGUAUCUCAAACAGCUGAGCCAGCAGUGCCAGCCCCUGAUGCUCAGGUUCCUGGGGUGGAAGCACUUCCAGAAGAUAUUGAUGAGUUUCAGAGUGGCUCUCAAGUGGCAGGAUAUGCUCAGGCAGUUUGGACCUUGGAUGCUGUGGGUGUCAGGCCUGGAGGGUCCCCAAGGCAGAAGCUCCUGAAGGAGACUGUAGCAGCAAAAGAACUUCAGAGCAUGGAGAAACACCUUGCUGACAUUGAGAAGGACCUGGCACUGUGGGAGGAAGCGAGGCUCUCAAGAAGCCCUGGUGCCCAGCAUCCCCCUGGAGCUGCCUCUGACCAUCCAGGCAAUCCACAAGCCAUGCAGAACCAAGCUGCAAGGCCUCAGGUGCCAGCUGCCCCAGGGAAGAACCCUCAGCUGCAAGGGAACAAGUCCCCUCCGCUGCCCAGCACCAGGGCACAGGUCUGCAGCGUGGCCAGCGGCAGGCCCCCGGCGCCUGGCACGCAGCCCAGCAGGGCACCUACCCCCUCCACGGUGGGCAGCAGGCCCGGGACCCCCAGCAGCCUGCUGCCACGGCCCCUGACCCCUGGCAGCCAGGGCAGCAGGGAGGGCACCAUUAGCAUGCAGAGGAGCAGAUCUUUGACAUCUAAGAGCCAAAUGGGGAGGACCCUGAGUGCCGCUUCGGGGCUGUCUGUGCAGCUGGGUGGGGACAUUGUUGGGACUGUCACCACUCAGAGGAGCAGUCUGUCAGAAGAUGAAUUCUUACAACAGCUUCAGCUUGCUCAGCAGCCCUGGACCCUGCCGAGUCACACAGGUGACCCAGGCAAAUGUGAGUAUGUUUGUCAGGACCAGAAGCUCUCAGCUUCUGACUGCUCUGCAGGCCUGGUGGAGCCCCUGCACGCUUUGAGUUCACCGCUCCUGCACGCUUUGAGUUCACAGCCCCUGCACGCUUUGAGUUCACCGCUCCUGCACGCUUUGAGUUCACAGCUCCUGCACGCUUUGAGUUCACCGCCCCUGCACGCUGAGUUCACAGCUCCUGCACGCUUUGAGUUCACAGCCCCUGCACGCUUUGAGUUCACAGCCCCUGCACGCUUUGAGUUCACAGCUCCUGCACGCUUUGAGUUCACAGCUCCUGCACGCUUUGUGUUCACAGCCCCUGCACGCUUUGAGUUCACCGCCCUGCACGCUGAGUUCACGCCCUGCACGCUGAGUUCACAGCUCCUGCAUGCUUUGAGUUCACAGCCCCUGCAUGCUUUGAGUUCACAGCCCCUGCACGCUUUGAGUUCACAGCCCCUGCACGCUUUGAGUUCACAGCUCCUGCACGCUUUGAGUUCACCGCUCCUGCACGCUUUGAGUUCACAGCCCCUGCACGCUGAGUUCACAGCUCCUCCCCUGCACGCUUUGAGUUCACAGCCCCUGCACGCUUUGAGUUCACAGCUCCUGCACGCUUUGAGUUCACAGCCCCUGCACGCUUUGAGUUCACCGCCCCUGCACGCUUUGAGUUCACAGCUCCUGCACGCUGAGUUCACAGCUCCUGCACGCUUGAGUUCACGCCCUGCACGCUUUGAGUUCACCGCCCCUGCACGCUUUGAGUUCACCGCCCCUGCACGCUUUGAGUUCACAGCUCCUGCACGCUUUGAGUUCACAGCUCCUGCACGCUUUGAGUUCACCGCCCCUGCACGCUUUGAGUUCACCGCCCCUGCACGCUUUGAGUUCACCGCCCCUGCACGCUUUGAGUUCACCGCUCCUGCACGCUUUGAGUUCACAGCCCCUGCACGCUUUGAGUUCACAGCUCCUGCACGCUUUGAGUUCACAGCUCCUGCACGCUUUGAGUUCACAGCUCCUGCGGCUGUGGGGAGGGGAAAACCCUUGUCGAUGCGGCCGCAGGAUACGGCCAAAGGCGGCUCCUCUGGGAAGCUGGAGCGACCCUUUCCGCGAUCUUACGGAGAUCGGCUGGGGAGGGUGCCGCUCCUUUGGGCAGAAGCGGCGACCUGCGGCAAUGCACUCGAACGCUGCCGGCUCGAGUCCCGGACAAUGUGGAUCUCUCGGCGGCAGAAGGCACGAGGAGAACACGGGCACGCACACGGGAACAGGCGCGGGUAUUAA